UGGAAUCAACGUUACAACAUUGACGAGUACGAUAAUCCAUUAGUGGUUCUAGUGCAUCAUCCACAGUUAACACCAGCCGGUAUUAACAGGAACCUCGUGCUAUUGUCUUCUAACUAGCACCUUCCGACUAACCUAGAAACUGUACAUACUAACUCUAUAAUGGCAUCCCAGUCAACCGUAUCCUUCAAUGUCCACUCUGUUGGCGCAGUGCGCCGCAGCUCAUUCGGCAGGAUGACUGCCUGGGUCUUGUUCUUCGUCGCUUUGUUCAACCUUUUCAAUGGCGUCGCUGUUGCCGAUGUGGAGGUUGAAAAGCGUGAAUUGGGCACUCCCGGGAUAGUGGAAGAUGGCCAAACGGGAGAAACCAGCUCUGUAUCAGAGCAAGAGCAAGAACACGAUGCGUCUGGUGACGAAGUUUCUGAUGAAGAACUAGAUGGUGAAUUGCCCGCAGAAACACCUGCUGCUGAGGAGGGAGAAGAAGGUGAGGUCGCCGGUGAAAUGACUUCAGCAUCACCUGCCGAUGAGGAGGAAGAAGGUGAAUUGCCUGAAGAAUCACCUGCCGGUGAGCAAGAAGCAGGCUAUGAAUCUGACCCUGAAACAAUUCACAAGAUGGCCACUGUACAACCAACUCGUCGUGUUUACAUCUCUUGCUCUCCAACCAAAAUCGGUGACAAGAUGGACGUUGAAAUUGGCAGCCCCUUCAGCCGAUUCUCACGUGGCGAAAAGCUAGAUUCCGUACAAAAGUCAAAAGCAACUAAAAAUUUCAGGAAGAUAAUUAACCACAUCACGGGAUAUUGCCUCAAGUUUAAGGACCAAGAUCCCUACGGUGACAUUUACACGGCCUUUGAAGAAGCUACCGCCAUGUCACUCCCUGUUGACAUUGCCGCAGAGCUUGCAUCAUUACCCGAUAACUUCAACGGAUACUUCCUAAGACCAAAGGCAGCACCCAAAACCAUUUUGUAUCUCGGAAAGUUGUUGACGGAGAGAACUAAUGGUACUAGGUCAGAGGGUGGGCAAUCUCAAUACGCGUGGGAUAAGCAAUACGAAACCAACAUGGAGGCGCUUUACGAUGCCAUUGCUGUAUUUUGAAAAUUGUUACGUCUUUCGAGUUAUCCAUUUGGCUUUUAUUUUCGUUUUUUUAAAAAAGAGGAAUAAAACCUUCCUCCAUUUUAUUAACCACAUUUAGCGGAACUGCUUAAUUAUUGCUACACGAUAAAUAUAUUCAAACGUUACUGUGGCUUAUAGUAUAAAAUUUUCCCUCGACAUGAUUCCAAGAAUAUACUAGUGUUAAGGAGUAGCUCUAAUUACACCAACACGUCAAACAA